AUGCAGAGCACAUGGCUGCAUCUAUGUGCAAUAGAUAUUUCCUUUCACGUAUUUCCUGUGAUUCUGUUCACAUAUGACAUAAAGUGAAACAACUUCUGCAAAGUGCAACAACUGAAGUCUACUGACAAACUAUUGGAGAUUAUGAACUCUGUUAAAGAGGAGAUUGAAGACUUGAGUUAUCAAGAGCCACAGAUAAUGAAAGAUGAAGAUACUGAGGAACAAAAGUGUCCAGACCUGUUGGAAGUGAAAGAGGAAAGUCGAGAACUGAAUGUGGAUCAGAACCACCAUCAGUAUCAUAAAUCUGAUUAUUUCAGAACUGGUGAAAAGUCUUCAAAUUGCUCACAGACUGAAAAUAAUUUAUCUCAAAGAACAAGAGCUAAAAAUGAUUACACAUGCCCUCAGUGUGGAAAGAGUUUUGCACUAAAAGGAGAUCUACAGAGGCACCUGAGAAUUCACACCGGAGAGAGACCUUUCACAUGCACUCAGUGUGGAAAGAGUUUCAAAAAUAAAGGAAAUCUUAAAAGUCACAUGUUAAUUCACACUGGAGAGAAGCCUUUCACAUGCCCUCACUGUGGAAAGAGUUUCACAAAAAAAGGAGAUCUAAAGAGGCACCUGAGAAUUCACUCUGGAGAGAGACCUUUCACAUGCACUCUGUGUGGAAAGAGUUUCACACAAAAAGUACACCUUAAUAGACACCAACAACGUCACUUCGGAGAGCAUUUCACCUGCCCUCAGUGUGGAAUGAGUUUCACAAAAAAAGGAAACUUUGAGUGUCACCUGAGAAUUCACACUGGAGAAAAGCCUUACGCAUAUCUUUAGCGUGGAAAGAGUUUCGCACAAGCAAACCAUCUCACAACGCAUCUGCACUCUGGAUUAAAGGGAUAGUUCACCCAAAAAUGAAUAUUCUCUCAUCAUUUACCCGCCCUCAAUCCAUCCUAGGGAGCAAGCAACCAUUGAAACAAUGCUAAGUCAACAUUGAUGAGUCAGCGUAAAUGGCAUUGAAUUAAUGUUGCAAGGUGAUAUUGGUUCAAUAUCACUUUUGCACCAAUAGUUAAUGUUGAAACAAUGUUAAAAUUUAAACAAAAAAUCAAUGUUAAUGUGAUUGAAUCAAUGUUACGGUAUGAUGUUGAUUCUACAUCACUUGUUCAAUCAGUGUUGAAAUCUCAACAAGAAAUCAAUGGUAUUGUUGUUGAAUCAAUGUUACAAUCAAUGUUAUCACUUUUUUUAAAUGUUUAAUCACUUUUGCACCCUCAGUUAAAGGGAUAGUACACCCAAAAAAUGAAAAUUCCCUCAUCAUUUAUUCAUCCUCCUGGCAUCCCAGAUGUGUAUGACUUUCUUCUGCAGAAUACAAAUGAAUAUUUUUAGAAGAAUAUUUCAGCUCUGUACGCCCAUACAAUGGAAGUAACUGGGUACCAACAUUUUGAAGCUCCAAAAUCCACUUAAAAAAAGCAUUAGAGUAAUCCAUAUGACUCCAGUGGUUAAAUCCAUGUCUUCAGACACAAUAUUAUAGGUGUGAGUGAGAAACAGAUCAAUAUUUAAGUCAUUUUUUGUCAUAUGCUCUCCUCGCCUAGUAGGGAGCAAAAUGCACAAAGACUGUGAAUCACCAAAAACAGAAGAAGGAGAAAGUGAAGGAAAAAGGACUUAAAUAUUUAUCUGUUUUUCGCCCACACCUAUCAUAUCACUUCAGAAGAUAUGGUUUUAACCACCAAAGUCGUCUGGAGUACUUUUAUGUUGCCCUUAUGUGCAUUUUGGAGCUUCAAAAUUUUGGCACCCAUUCACUUGCAUUGUAUGGACCUACAGAGUUGAGAUAUUCUUUUGAAAAUCUUCAUUUGAGUUCAGCAGAUGAAAGAAAGUCAUACACAUCUGGGGUGGCAUGAGGGUGAGAAUUUACAUUUUUGGGUGAACUAACCCUUUAAUGUUGAAAUAAUGUUGAAAUUUCAACAAAAAUAAUCAAUGUUAAUGUCACUGAAGUGUUGAUUCUGCAUCACUUUUGUUGAAUCAACAUUGAAAUUUUAACAUAAAAUCAAUGUUAAUGUUGUUGAAUCAAUAUUACAUUCUGAUGUUGAGUCUACAUCACCUUUGCACCUUCAGUUAAUGUAUACGUUGAACAUUUUUUUAUUGUUUAAAGUCAUUGUUAGAAUGUGCACACUUUUGCAUCCUGCAUUUGACUCAAGACAUUUGGUGAAAAACAAUUAUAGAAAUAAAAAAAA